GUGGCAGGUUUUGACACCGGAAGCGUCUCUUCGAGCUGCCUCUGCCACCGAUUUGCACUGUCCCUUUACCGUAGCUACGAGGCGAUUGUCUCCAGACUUCUCCUCUUGUGAGAGUUCUCCAACCAUGCCGCCUCAAUCUCACAUAGAGAUCGUCGGCCUAAUUAAAGACAGUCCUUUCCACGUGGCCAAAAGCAUUGCUCAGGGACUGAAGCAGAAGUUUCCACAGGCGUUUCAGCGGCCGUGCAUUCAAGGUCUGUUCGAGUUGGACUGGGACCAGUACCUGUGCGAGAAGAAAAGGGAGCUGCGUGGUGAAGUGUGGCAGUACUCCAGCAGCCUGAUGUGCUUCCUGGACGGCAGUCUCCUUGGUGAUGAGAAGCAUUUUGCCGACUGGGCAAAGACUCACUGGGAUUUCACUUUGACUCGGCCACUGGCUUUCUACGAGGCUCUUACUGAGGCGCACUACACCAAAGUGCUCCAGAUCACUGGGCAUCAGUUUGUCUUCAUGGACAUUGAGAUAGCAGGAGAAGCAGCGGGGAGGUUGUUGUUUGAGCUGUUCUCAGAUCUAUGCCCAAAGACUUCUGAGAACUUUAAGGAGCUGUGUACCGGAGAGCGAGGUCUGUCGCAGAGCGGCAUUCCACUCUGCUAUAAGGGCUCUCUGAUUCACCGGGUAGUGCCCAACGGCUGGGUGCAAGGUGGAGAUAUUUAUCCAGGAAGUAAAGGCGAUGGAGGUGAAUCAGUCUACGGACCAACUUUCGAAGAUGAAAGUUUUGCUGUGCCUCACUCGAAGCGUGGAGUUCUCGGGAUGGCCAAUAAGGGUUCCCACAGCAACGGAUCCCAGUUUUACAUCACGCUGCAGCCAGCAACUUGGAUGGACAGGACCUACGUCGCCUUUGGACAAGUAGUGGAGGGUUCUGAAGUCCUCAAGAGACUGGAGGAGAUUCAGACUUCCAAUGAAAGGCCAAACUAUGAAUGUAGAGUUACGGAUUGUGGAGUAUUAAAACUCCAAGAAUGAAGUUGAAGCAGUAAAAUAAACCCUAAGAUAUAUGUAAUUAACAGAAAUUUAAAAAAAGUAUUUUUGCUUUACUACAAAACCUUUUUAUUUAAUUGUAAAUUGUCACUUUGUUUCUCAUGAAGUAAAUUGUGUCCUUGUCCUCUAGGUUACUUAAGGGAUCCUAAUUAAAUCUAUGGAUGUGGUAGACAUUAGUACACCUAUAUUAAGUUUUAUUUGCAUUCUUAAAAGUUAUAUUUAAUAAUAUUGAUUAAGAUAGAACAGAUAAAGUUAGACAUUUUGUUGACACUGCUGUCCCCUGCUGUUCAUAUUUAGUAACAGCAACAACUCUUCCAUAAACAAAAUAAAUAAAUAGAAAUAAUAAAGGUUUACAUUUAAUCUGAUGAGAAUAUAAUUAACCUAUUAAUCAAGUAUCAUAAAUUAUCAGACGUUUAAUACUUUAUAACCAUUGCAAGGCAUUAAAAAUAUACUUGACUUUAUUUUAUGACCUAAUUUAUUUUUAAAGAGGUUAAAUUUGUCUAUUUUUAAAGAGGUUGAAUUAACUAAUUAACUUAGGUUAGGGUUAAUUAUGUGAAUUGUGGUUAGGUUAACGUUAGAUUUGGGCUUGAAUUGGUCAUGGUUAAGGUUAAGGAUAAGGCUUUGUUUAGGCUGUCCACAAUGAAUGGAAGUCAAGGUAAAGUCAGGAUAGCUGCGGAAACGGGUGAGUAUGUGUUUAUGUACUUAUAUUGAAGUGAUGACUGUAAGGGAAAUGUAACAUUGUGACCACAACCUGUUCAUAUUUAUUUCCCCUUUGAUUGAUCAAGAUUGAAUCUCAUACAACGUAACCCUGAUCAUGCUGUAUCCUGAACUACUGAAUGAAUCUUGGCCUGGUUGCUUUAACUAAGGCAUUGUUGUUUUCAUGUCAUCAGAAGAUCCCGACCUUUGACUUUGUAACAAACCAGAGUGGGAGGGGUUAGCCAAAUGUAUAAAGACAAAGAACUGUUUCCCAUCGGUGUGCCUAUUAUAAACCCACCUUUGUUGUACGCACCAUACUCUGAGCAUUAAAGU